AUGAAUGGAAAAACACAUUUAGAAGAUUUAUCGAAUGAAAUAUUUUGUGAAAUAUUUGAUUAUUUACAUAUGCUUCAUACAUUUACUGGUUUUGCUUUAUUAAAUCAACGAAUAUCAAAUAUUUUAAAAUCAAUUCCACUUCAUAUUAAUAUUUCAUUUGAAAAUUCCCGUCAACAAAUUGAUUUUCUUUUGUCUCAUUUAACUUUUCAUGAAGAUCAAGUUAUUUCAAUAAAUACUUUAGAUCGAAUUCGUGAUCAUUCAUCUGUAAUUCAUUUAUUAUUUAAUCGACAUAAUUUUACUAAUUUAAAAUCAUGUAAAUUCGUCUCAAUUUACUCAAUGACUAAACUUAAUAAUAUUAUUAAACAAAUUGGAAAUCUUGAUAAACUUGUUAUACUUCAAAUAUAUCAACCAGAUCGUUUAGAUUUAAAUGAAAAUAAUAAUGAUGAAUUAACUCGAAUAUUAUUAACAAAUAAAUCAUUAUCUCUUCGUUCACUUAAACUUCAAUAUCCAAAUCAUUAUUUAAAUAUAUCAAAUUAUACAUUCAUAAAUUCAAACAUUAUAUCACUUUGUUUACGAAUAUCUGGUUCAUCUUCAACUGUAUCUGUUUACACAAUUUUACAAAUUUUUCGUGUUUGUUAUAGAAUACGAUAUUUAUGCAUUGCACUACAACAUGAAAAACGAUUUGAAAAUAAUAUUAAUGUUUCAAAUCAUCUAUCAUCCAUAAAUGCAACUGAAGUUCCUAUACUAUCACAAUUAACGUAUUUCCACUUACGCAUUUGUGCAUUAUGUGAUAUUUGGUCGAUUUCUUCUAUAUUAAAUUGUAUGCCUAAUCUUAAACAAUUUUAUUUUUUUCUUCUUAUACUAAGACCAUCAUUUCCAUUUACUAAUCAAUAUCUUGAUGGACAUGUAUGGCAACAAAUAUUAGAAAAUAAUGUUUCAUAUUUAUCAAAAUUUGAAUUUCAUAUGACUGUUACAAAAAGAAGACCAAAAGUAGAUUUAGAUAUUUUUAUUAAUUCAUUUAGUUAUUUUGUUACAAAAUAUUCGAAUUGGAAUAUGGUUGUUGAUAGAUGGAUGUAUGGUCCUCGUCUUCAAGUUAAUUUUCGAGAAACAACUAAUGAUAACAAUGGACACGAAAAUCUUACUUAUUUAUCAAAUUUUAUUUAUUUAACAAAUAUAACUACAUUAGAAUUUCCACCAAUAUUUCAUGUUAAUCAAACGCUACUAUUAUUAACAUAUAUUUUUUGUUUUAGAUCAUGUCCAAAGGUGAUUAUUCUUGCUAUUAAUACUUCAGUAUUACUCUCCUCAAAAAUAAUUAAUAAUUUAACUCUUAUUCCAGUUUUCAAACAAAUUAAAAUGAUUAAAUUAAUUACUGAAGAUAUUUAUUUUCCUUCAAAUUUUAUUUUACAAUUUGUUGAACGUUUUCCUUCACUGGUUCAUAUUGAACUACAAGUAUUUUCAUUUGAUAUUUGUUCAUUUAUUAUUGAAGUAUUACUUACCCAAUCAGAACAAUUAUCUUAUGUGAAAAUUAAUUAUCACCAAGAUACAUUACUUGAUGAUUAUUUUACACGUGAAUAUAUUACUACAAAACGCCGUCAAGUAUUUCCCCUUAAUAUUAUUAAUCAACAAAUGAUGAAUGUCAAAAAUAAUGGUCAAACUAUUGAAAUUUGGUUAUCAUAA